UUACGCCGGUUACGGCGCAGGUUGCCUAUGGACGUGUUCGUCAGAAGCAGGACUGGUCUUUUUCUUUCGUACCGCGACUCGCGUGCCCGACCGCGGCACUCGUACUCGGAGUCACCCUUCGCGACUGCCGACGAAGAACAGGAGGGCCUUAUUCCAGCCUCACCUGCUAGACACACAACACUUGAUCUCGACCUUCCUCCCAAAUGGGUCGAUAUCUCGGACCAAGUGCACGAAGUUCUCGCCGAUACCCAGGCAAAAAUUGCCGCCUUGGAAAAGCUCCACGCGAAACAUGUUCUGCCGGGCUUUACAGAUCGAUCUUUCGAGGAACAUGAAAUCGAGGCCAUGACGACGGAUAUCACCAAGGACUUUCGCCAAUGCCACGCUUUGAUUCAGCGUAUCGGAACGCAGCCGCAUUCAUUUCCUCCUUCCCAGCCGUCGGCACAUACGUCUCUCGCAGCUAAGAAUGUCCAGCGCGGAUUGGCUGCCAAGGUGCAACAGCUGAGUGGGACCUUCCGGAAGAAGCAGCGUGUAUACAUGGAGAAGCUGCAAGGUCAUGCGAUCAAAAACCAGGAUCUUUUGAUCGCCUCGGGUACAAUUUCACUGAAGGGUUCGGAGGGAAUGUCCGCAGUCGAUGACGAUAUGGCAGCUGCAUCGACCACGCAAGUACAAUCACAAUCGACGCUGCACGAUCCAUCCCAGCAAUAUGCUUCUCGAGACCGGGAAUUGACCGAGAUUGCGAAAUCGAUCAACUCGCUGGCUGAACUGUUCAAAGAUUUGUCCGCCCUGGUGAUUGAUCAGGGAACUUUGUUGGACAGUGUAGAAUACAACAUCGAGCAAACCGUAGAUCAAGUCGAAGAUGCGGUCCGGGAGCUCAAGGUUGCAACAAAGUUGGUUCCCCCUACCUUGUUCCCCUUCCUUUCGCUGACCACAGCCGCCCGUCGUGGUGUUGAUACUGAAGCCCAAGAGGCACUCAGAACCGCCGCCAGCAGCUACACCUCCUCAUGA